AUGCCGCUUGACAUUACCAAGGCCACGGCGGUCAACAGGCGCCGCCCAGGCUCGUCAAUCGAGGACGAACGUGGAAACGAAGCAAUCGAGAAGCAGAAUGCUGAGAUCCGCCAAAGAAGGCCAGGCUGCAUCAUCUACGCCGUGUCUCAGGGGGUCCUCGAUGAUUUCUACGCGUCUGAGGAGGACAAGGGGCCCAACCGCUUUGGCUAUGACGACAUUUAUUUCCCACUGGAUAUUUCCGUCAAUGUGCGCGAGCCUCUAAAGCAGUUUCAGGGGAAGAUAUGGUUCGAUCCCUUGAAGUAUCCAUUUCAUGAUAUCAGGGAGGGCCCGAAGGGUGAAGCCAUUGCCACGGCAGUCAAUAAGGGCGAUCCAAAGUCCCAACUUGGAAGUAACAAGACCGAAAGAACACCAGGUUACAAGAUCAUCGCCAGGAACCAGAAGCUGCUCGAUGGCUGGUACGAGACUUGCCGCAAACUGGGAAAGCAGAUCUGGAGGGAAGAGGAGGACAAAGGCAUGAAUCGCUUUGGAUACGAUGGUGUCUACUUCGAUGUGCUACAAGGCUCCCUCGAUGACAAGCAGCUCAGUGAUUUCACGCACCACAUGAUCAUCCAACCUCUGAAGUCUGCGAGCCAUGAUCAGCAGGAGUAG